AUGGCUCGCCUCCAGAUACCGCUCGAUACCCUGACCUCGCGGUUCAACUUGUCCGACAGGUUCGCCGGCGUCCGCUCGCAGUCUCUUACUUCCCGCUUCUCUAAUCUCAAACCCCUCUCCGAAUUUUUCGACAUCAAACGGAUUUCCAAGCCAGCCAACUUCGCCGACAUCCAGAGCCGUGUGAACUACAAUCUGAGCUACUUCUCCAGCAACUAUGCCGUUGUCUUUGUCAUGCUCAGCAUCUACAGUCUGCUUACGAACCUCACCCUUCUCUUCGUCAUCCUCCUAGCUAUUGGUGGCUCGUACGGAAUUGGUAAGUUGGAGGGACGCGACUUGGAAAUCGCUGGGUUCCGGGCUACAACAUCACAAUUAUACACGACAUUACUCGUCAUUUGCGUACCCAUGGGUCUCUGGGCUUCCCCAUUAACGACAGCACUGUGGCUCAUUGGGGCUACUGGCGUGACCGUUCUUGGUCAUGCUUCCUUUAUGGACAAACCGAUCGAGAAUGCUUUUUCAGAGGAGGCGGUCUAG